GAGCGAGGAGACAUGGAGGAGAUGCAGAGAGCCAUGCAGCAGCUGAGCCUCAGGCUCCAGCAGCAGGAGCGAGAGAUGAAGCAGCUGCAGGAGGACAGGCAGAGGAUGCAGGAAGAGCUGGAGCGUUCGCGGGAGGCACCGCAGCGCCAUGGAGGACAGCAGCCGCACUCCGUGGUCGACACGCGCGUGCUCAGCAAGCCCGAGAGCUACGCUGGCGAUCCGUCGAGGCUCGCGGAUUGGAGCUUCAAGAUGCGCGCGUACCUCGGGGCGGUGGACGAGCGCUACCAGCAUCUCAUCGAGAAGACGGAGAUGGCGACGGAGCCGCUGAAGAACGCGACGAUGGAGCCAGACGAGUGGGAGCCGCGUCUUCGGACAAGAUUCGUGGGCCUGCUGAUGCAGCUGAUGUCGUACCGGUUUCGCGACGACAUUCCGAGCGCAUUGGCGGCAUUCGAGCGGCUCGUGCACGACUACGAGUCCCAGAGCCAGAAGACGGUCGACGACGACACCAAGAUCGGCGUGGCGCUGUUGGGGAUGGAGAACGAGCGCGUGAAGGAGCACCUGAUUCGAAACAGCAGCAGGAUCACGACGUGGCAGCACGUGAGGGACGAGAUCUUGGAGAUCACGAGGACGCAGCAGUACAUCGACUCGCAGCCCGCGCCGAUGCAGCUCGGGGCGACGCCCUGGAAUGCCGGAAAGCCCAAAGGCGGCAAGAGCAAGGAAGGCAAAGGCAAGGAAGGCAAGGGGAAGGACUCAAAAGGAAAAGGCAGCAAGGCCAAGAAGGGCGCCGAGGAGGCGUCGAACGCGAACAGGGACAAGGUGUGCUUCUACUGCAAGAAGACGGGGCACGUCAAGGCGGAGUGCCGGAAGAGGCAAAAGGACCUCGCGGCAGCAGAGGGCUCAAGGUCAGCCAGCGCGAGGCUGAGGUCGGACGCGGGAGGCCCCGCUCCGAGGGCAGACGCGACUCCAGUUGGCGCUCUGCCAGCGACGCCUCAAUACCUCAUGAUCGACACCUGCGCAGGCGCGAGCGUGUUCCCGCAGGGGUGCGACCCGAACGCCGAGUCCGACGCGAGCGUGCGACCAGUCAAGCUUGCGACGGCUACGAACGACCCCGUGCACGGGGCGAGCGGGAAGCGAUCGAGGUUCGAGCUGGAAGGCGGGCGACAGGUGAGCGUGAGGUACAACGAGGCCGACGUGAAGUUCCCGAUCGUGAGCGUCGGCGAGGCGGCGUCGCAGGGGAACUGGUUCGUUUUCGGGCCAGGCUGCCAAGCGAUGCUCCCAGGGACUAUGGGGAGCGAGCUGCGGCAGGCAGCACGGCUGCCAGAGGCAGUGCAGCUGGAGAUGCACCGGGGGGUGUACUGGCUUCCGUGCGCGGCAGCGGGAGCAAACGAGCGCGAGACACCACUCUGCGCGACGAGAGCCGCGGCGGUGGUCGAGACCGCUCCGAUGGUCUCUUCCAGUAGUGCGGCCGGCCCAUCGGAUGCGGGUGGCCCUGCUCCGAUGGCCGAGGAGCCGCCGGCGACGCCAGCGUUGCGACGAUUUCUGGGCAUUUCCCCGGGAGCUGCGAGUUCGGGAGCGGGCAGCCCCGCCCCGGCGCAGCUGGAGGAGAGUGAAGCGGCACGCGUCGCGAUCAGCAAGCGCUUGCCACCCGCGGUGAGCCGCCAGGAGUUCGACGAGCACCAGCUGACGCACUUGCCCUUCCGAUCGUGGUGCGACCACUGCGUGCGCGGCAAGGCAAGCGACGACGCCCAUCGGGCGAGGAGCGACGCGGAGAAGGGGGCGCCCAGAUGGUCCAUGGACUAUUUCUUCCUGGCCAGGGCGGACGAUCCCCAGCAGGCGAAGCCGGUGCUCUGCUGCCUUGACUCUCUUAGCGGCGCGGUCUUCGCUGCGAUGGUGCACAAGGGUGGCGACCGCUACGCGCUCGCCGUCAACCAAGAGGCCCUGAGGUUCACGGGCAGGACGAGCAUCAUCAUUCUGAGCGACCAGGAGAAUGCAGUGAAGAAGCUGGUCAACCUUGUGCGCGAGGAGCGUGUCCACGACACCGUCGUGCUCAACACGCCGAAGGGGUCGAGUGCCAGCGCGGGCGGCAUCGAGCGUGCCAGCUACGAGGUCGAAAAGCAGGUGCGGACGAUGAGGUCCAGGAUCGAACAGGUGUACGGCAUCAAGGUGGACCUCGACCACAAGCUCCUCCCCUUCCUCGUCCGUCAUGCCGCGUGGCUGAUCACGCACUACCAGGUGAAGGUCGACGGCAAGACGCCGUACGAGCGGCUGCGUGGACGGCCAUACAAGGGCCAGAUCGCCGAGUUCGGUGAGGUGGUGCAUUGCAGGGACCCCCAGAAGGCCGCCGACAUGCCCAAGCUCGAUGACAGAUGGCGGCUGGGCGUGUGGCUCGGCAAGAGCCUGGCGAGCGACGAGCACUACGUCGGCAGUGCGGCCGGCGUGCAGAGGUGCAGGUCGAUCUGGAGGCGGCCGGAGCCGAGCCGCUGGGACAAGAAGCUGCUGGAGGCCAUGGCUGGAGAGCCAUGGGGCCCGAAGGCGGGGGUCAGCCUGGAGAAGGCACCGAUGCCGAGGGGAGUGUACAUUACCCUGGACCGCCAGAUUAAGUACGGCGGGACGAAGGGCUGCCCCGCGUGCUUCGGAGACGCCAAGAUCCAUUCAGCAGAGUGCCGUGCCAGGUUCCAGGACCUCGUGGACCGGGACGCGGCGGCACGUGCGCAGCCAGCGGGAAGCACCGCGGCGGCCGAGUCGGUCAGCGCAGCAAGGGGUGACGGGCGGCCCGCCGUGGCUGAGCCGCAGGACGAGCCCAUGGGCGAGGUAGCGGAAGAUUUGCCUGGGGCUCGGAAGCGCCAGAAGAUCUUGGCGGGUCUCCCAACGUUGCACGACCAGGAGCCGCAGGCAGAGGAGAUGCUUGAGACGCUUCCUCUGCUGGCAGCGCUGCCCGACGACGCAGAGUGGCAGGAGCAGCUCUUGGACUGGGAGCGCGAUUACUAUGGCACUAAGAGCGGGAAGCUGCUGAACAAGCAGAAGGUCUAUGAGGGCAGGCGCCGAGAGCUGGACAACAUGCAGCGCCUGGAGGUCAAGGAGCCCAUCCUGCUGUCGGAGGCGCGUGCUCAGGGCUUGGAGGUCGUCUACUCCAAGUGGCUGGACGACGAGAAGGCCACGCCGGAGGACCCUGACGCAGUCAGAUCACGGCUGGUGGCCACACAGGUCAACACCUACGGCAGGGAGGACGUGACCCAGGCGACGCCGCCGAUCAUGACCACUAGGCUUUUGGUCAGCAUGGCGGCGACGAAGACGAAUGCGAGAGGAGAGCACGACUGGCUGAUCGGCCGGCAUGACAUCAGGGUGGCGUUCUUCCAUGCAGCUGGCUCGGGGCGAGUGGUCAUCGUACCACCUCGAGGGCUCGCGCCGCCGGGUGUUGCUUGGAGGGCCCUGAAGGCAUGGUACGGCACGCGCGAGGCCAGCAAGUGCUGGGGGAACGAGGUCACGGACACCAUGCAACGCGAGGGGGCCAAGCAGGUAAUGGUGGUCCCAAUGAUGUUCUUCUCAGACUCCUUCGACUACGUGACGAACUGCCAUGGCGACGACUUCCUUUCAGCAGGGGCGGCGGCGGCACUCGACGAGGUGGAUCGGAUCCUGGACGAGCAUUUCGACACGAAGAGGCUGCCGCGCAUAGGACCGCCAGCUCACGGCGGCGAAGCAGCCGAGGGGCAGCAUCUUGGACGCAUUAUCCGGUGGACGCCGAGUGGUUUCGAGUAUGAGGCGAACCCCAAGCACACCGAGGACUUGUGCCGCCUGGCGGGACUGCAACCGGCAUCGAAGGGAGCACCGACGCCAGCGACCAAGAGCACGGCGAAGGGCCGGCGCGACCAGGACGACGAGCUGAGCGACGAGGAGGUUAAGACGAGCUUCAGGCAGGGUGCAGGGACCGCACUGUAUAUGUCCAUCGACCGGCCGACCAUCCAGUUUGCCACGUCGCAGGUGAUGGCCGGCAUGAGCAAGCCGAAGGUCGUCAAUCAGCUGCAGUUGCACAG